AUGUCUAGCGACGAAAUUGCCAUGGAAGUCUUCUCGUCUUCUCCAUCCGCGUCCGAGGGCAGCCUUUUCUGCGAGACUGGUCCCACCACGCCAAGUGGCAGUCCGUUGUUUCGUCCAUCGCAGGACGACGAGAUCAAGUUUGCCUCAUUUCCGCAGUCACGCGAUUUGAGCGAGACAGGACCACUUGAAACAGUGGUGAAGAAUAUCUGCGUUGUCGGGGCAGGCUAUGUUGGUACCCCUACAGCCGCUAUUCUGGCUCUCCACCAUCCAUCGGUAGUGAUCGAGGUACUCGACCGAGAUCCGCUUCGGAUUCAACAAUGGAGAUCCCUGCACUUACCAGUUCAUGAGCCUGGCCUGGAAACAGUAGUGCGCAUCGUUCGUGACGGUGCUGAGAUCAGCUGUCGAACUGGGCUUCAGAACGAGCCCGGUCAAAUCAUCCGCGGCAAAAACUUGUUCUUCACGUGCGACUCUGCUCGAGCGAUUUCCCAGGCAGAUAUCAUUCUCAUGGCAGUCAACACGCCAACGAAGACGUUUGGCGUCGGCGCUGGAUGCGCCACCAACAUGACGGCUUUUGAUGGCGCUAUGCGCGAUGUGGCAACUCAUGCGAAACCCGGUGCUAUCAUCGUAGAGAAGAGCACCGUACCUGGAGGCACAGCAGAGCGGGUGCGCAAGCUGUUAGCGAUCCAUCGGCCAAAUGUGCCAUUCGAGGUGCUCUCUAAUCCCGAGUUUCUCGCCGAAGGCACAGCCAUUGAGAAUCUCACAGCGCCGGAUCGUGUACUGAUCGGAUCUGCUCCAACUCCUGGUGGACGUCGUGCGGCUCAGGUUCUGGCUCGUCUCUACGAAACGUGGGUACCUCGCGCACGCAUCAUUGAGACCGACGCCUGGUCGUCGGAAUUGGCCAAGCUCGUAGCCAACGCCAUGCUUGCUCAGCGUAUCAGCAGCAUAAAUUCAAUCAGCGCGAUUUGCGAGAAGACUGGCGCAGAUGUGAGCCAAGUCGCCAAAGCAAUCGGAAUGGAUGACCGUAUUGGACCCAAAUUUCUCAAAGCAGGAUUGGGCUUCGGUGGGUCAUGUUUUCGCAAGGACAUUGCGAGUCUCGCCUAUCUGGCCGAGUCGUUGGGCUUGGAUGAUGUUGCUCAUUACUGGCGGCAAGUCAACACCAUGAACGAGCGACAGCGUGACCGUUUCUCUCGGAAGAUCAUUGACCGAUUUGACGGCAACCUGGUUCGCCGAAAAUUGGCCAUUCUUGGAUUUGCUUUCAAGAAGAACACGGGUGAUACGCGCGAAUCCCUAGCGGUCGGGGUAGUUCAGGUCUUGCUGCAGGAGCGACCGGCUGAGAUUGCUAUCUUCGAUCCCUAUUGCCGCUCAGAACAGAUCGAACACGAGUUAAAGGCAGUUUGCUCCAAAGAGGUACCGAGUCAAAUAGUGAAGAUCUACCCAGAUCCCUACAUGGCUUGCUCUCAAGCCCAUGCGGUGCUGGUGGUGACCGACUGCGACCAGUUUCGGAAUACUCCGUCCCGCGACACAUCGACGGGACCUGCUUCAAUGCAACGCGAGAGAAAGUUGGGGCCAUCUAUCACGGAGAAGAUAGGUGUACAAGAGACCAGGCGAGCUCGCGCCGGAUACAAGCCGGAGACUUGGAGUCAUGCGGGUGUUACGUACCACCUCCAACCUCAAGAGCCCUGUCCUGAAGAUUGCAAGGAUUGCCGCCCUGUAGCAAUGCUUCCUCUGGCGGCCGAGAUGGUCGAAUGGCCACGCAUUGCGUACAACAUGGUUGAGCCCAAGUGGGUGUUUGAUGGGCGGGGGGUGUUGGAUGCUGCUGAGUUGGAGAGACUGGGAGUGAGGGUUGACGUGGUGGGCCGGCGAACACGAGACCAUCAUGUAGCGUAA